AUGGAAUUUGAAACGAAAGAUGAUGUUAGGAAAUUCUACGUCGAUUACGCCACAAGGGUUGGUUUCGUGGCCCGAUUAGCGCAGAUCGAGGGUGGAAAUAUCACUCACUGCCUUGUUUGCAAAAAGCAGGGGAUCUCUUCCAGCCCGAAAGGUAAAAUGGGCCCGGAAGGGAAGCCGAGGCACAGUAUGCGUGAAGCUUGCGAGGCAAGGAUAUUGUUUAAGCUGGAGGAGUCUGGAAAGUGGGUGGUCACUGGAUUUUUCAAGGACCAUAACCAUGCUUUAGAUCUGGUAUGCCUUUUUUCUACUCAUAUUAGUGCAGUUUGGUUUAUACAAUUUUGUGAAAUCUGGUUAUGUGUCUUGAUCGAUACCAAUUUCAAGAACCCGUGA